GACGAUACCGCAACAAAGCAAGUAAUUAGUUUGACUGCUGCAGUUUUAUUUUUUUUAAUCAGUAAACUAUUCCCCGGCUGAUUGGUGCAGCCGGUGCAUUACAAUUUUGGAGUGGUAGAAAUGGUGUCUCUCGUGGCCACUCUCAGCUACUGUCGCCGAUCGCAGUGUUACGAUCAAAAACGUUCCGCUUAGAGUUGAAAAAGCAUCGUCGGUGCCCCCAACCACCGUCAGAAAAAUCACAGCUUGGAUACGGUGGUCAUCUGUCCGCUAAAGCAAGGGCCGGUCUUAAUAAGAAUCCGAACUUACGUUGCCAGCCGUGCAUCGAAAUAAGAAACGAUGCUUCUUAACGUACUCACUAACCACGCACUGCUGACAGGGGCAGCAGGUGGAUCGUUAGGCACGAUCGUACUGUAUUCAGAAGCAAAAUGGUUUCGCACACUUCCACAGUUGCUUUGUCAGGCUUACCACCAAUCAACCGGUGGUAAUGGACGGUGGAAUAUUGGUCGUAAUUGUUCCACCGGCCGGUGCAGAUCCGCGGGAUCGUUGAGGAAGCCGAACGACACGGUCGCAUGGUAUGGGCAUACGAACGCUGGAGGCAGCAAAGCGAGUGCGACGACCUACGCCCAACAGCGAUGGUAUACGUCCGACCUGAAAAAGAAACAGUCCCGCGGCUUAGCCGUCGAAUCCGUCGAAGGCACAGAGCUGCUGCAAAACGUCCUGGAGAAGAACAAGCAGCUGCUGCAGGAGAAGCGAGAUGGUCUGGUUCGUGACAUCCGCGAGCGCAAAGACAAGGUGAAGGAGCGCGUCGAGGAGGUUAUCGAGCGGGAGAAUGUGGCUACCAUACCGAAUUUGCUGUGCAUCGGACGCAUCGUAGCCUCGCCCUACCUGGGGUACGUGAUCGUGCAGGGGGACUUCCGGGUGGCAAUGGGCAUGCUGAUUGUGGCGGGCCUCACCGAUCUAGCAGACGGGUUGAUAGCUCGCCACUGGCCCAACCAGGCCAGCCGGCUCGGCUCGUUUCUCGAUCCGAUGGCCGACAAGGUGCUGGUAGGCUCGCUCGUCAUCGCCAUGAGCUACAUCGACCUGCUACCGCUCUGGCUAACGAUGAUGAUUCUCUUCCGCGAUGUGUUUCUCAUCGGGGCCGGUUUUGUCAUUCGUUACAUCAGUCUACCACAGCCGCGCACCCUCUCGCGGUACUUUGACGUGACGCACGCAACCGCCCAGCUAGCGCCGACCUUCGUCAGCAAACUUAACACUGCCGUUCAGCUCGUCACGGUCGCCGUGACGCUAGGAGCACCCAUCUUUGGCUACGUCGAUCACGCCUAUCUUCAUGGGCUAUGGUAUGCGACCGGGUUCACCACCAUCGCAGCGGCCGCCAGCUACCUCACCAACAAGGACACCUACAAAAUACUGCGCAAGAAGUCGUAGCGUUGAAACCAAAUUGCCCGCCAAACGAUGAAAGCAUGCACCGCUCCCAUUUGACCCCACCACACUGUCCACGGUCAACCAGUCAUUUUCCAACACCGAUUAACCCGUUUUUCCGUUGAUAAUGUUCCCGAACACGUGAAAUGUUUUUUUUUUUUCUAUUAUAAUUUUGUUUAUAACUAUACAAAACAUGUUUUUAGAUU